AUGUCUCGGAUCCAGUUCGACGACGGCGGCGACGGGAAUGAUAAUUCCUUGCGUCCAAUAACCAGCGAGAUCUCGAAGCCGACGAAUCGACAGCGAUGGGCGACUCGGCGGUUACAGAAUUCCAGCGGACUGAAGAAACGAGUUUCUAUUGUUGACCGAUUCCAUAAACGCAAUACAUCGGCAGAGGAAAAGCGAAAUUCAGCAGGUAGCAGUACAGGCGAUGGGAAUGAUGGCGCGCCCAACGAAGGUGCCGCCGCUGGAGGCGCACAAGCGACACGGAGGAUAUACUUCAACAUGGAUAUACCUCAGGAAGAACGUGACGAGGAAGGCAAUCUGAAAGCGCAAUAUCCGCGCAACAAGAUUCGUACUUCCAAAUAUACGCCACUUUCUUUCAUUCCUAAAAACUUGUGGCUACAGUUUCAAAAUAUUGCGAACCUUUAUUUCUUAUUCAUCAUUAUUCUUGGUUUCUUUCCCAUCUUCGGUGUUACCAAUCCAGGAAUGAACGCCGUGCCUCUGAUUGUCAUUAUCGUCGUGACAGCGAUCAAAGAUGCUAUCGAAGAUUGGAGACGUACGGUACAGGACAAUCAAUUAAACAAUUCGCCCGUCUAUCGCUUGACUGAAUGGGUCAACGUUAAUGUCAGCGAAGAGUCAAUAUCGGCAUGGCGUAGGUUCAAAAAGGCAUGCACACGUUUCAUUGUGACUUCGUACAGAGCAGUGAAGAGGAACAAAAACGCUGUGGAGGAGGACUCUGCCGAUGAGGACGACAGGCGGUACUCUAUGGCCACCUAUCGUCAGUCGGUAUAUUCUCAGCGACAGUCUUACUAUGGUAAUGGCGCCGAAGACGGAAUUCAAAUGACCCCAGUUGCAUCCCCGCAACCGGCUCCACAUGUUGAAGGGAACGGAUGGCCAGAUGGACCAAACGAUGCCACCGAACAUCUUCAAGCUGGUAAAGCUAUGCGAGAAAGUGUCGCUGUUGGUGGAAAGAGAGCGGGUACAAUCGUCAAUCACUCGAAACAGAUUAACCACACGGCGCGCUUCAAACGAGAAUAUUGGAAAAGCGUGAAGGUUGGCGAUUUUGUUCGCUUGUACAACGGUGACCAGAUUCCAGCUGAUAUUGUCAUCCUCUCUUCUUCCGAUCCUGAUGGAGCUUGUAACAUCGAAACUAAGAAUUUGGAUGGUGAGACGAACUUGAAAUUGCGCCAAGCCUUGAAUUGUGGACAACUAGUUAAACACGCGCGAGACUGCGAAAGAUCGGAGUUUUAUAUCGAGAGUGAACCUCCUCACCAAAAUCUGCACAAUUACAGCGGUGCUAUUCAUUGGCGACAGCGAGAUGAGAAUGACCCCAAUGGCCCACUCCAGGACAGGGUGGAACCCAUCGGCAUCAACAACCUGCUUCUUCGUGGCUGCAGCCUUCAAAAUACUGAGUGGGUUCUGGGUGUUGUUGUUUUCACUGGCCCCGAGACAAAGAUCAUGCUCAACUCCGGAGAAACCCCCACUAAGAGACCUGCACUCGCUCGCCAAAUGAACUUCAAUGUUAUUCCUAAUUUUACCAUCUUGUUUAUCUUGUGUUUGGUCACUGGAAUCGUCAACGGUGUCGCCUGGGCUUCUCAAGGUUCCUGGACAUACUUUGAGUAUGGCUCUUACGGCGGCAGCCCACCAGUUGAAGGUAUCGUCGCUUUCUUCGCCGGUCUGAUCUUGUUCCAGAACUUCGUGCCUAUCUCUCUGUACAUUACUCUGGAGAUUAUCCGGUCGUUCCAGGCACUUUUUAUCUACUUCGACCUUGACAUGGUAUAUGAACGCCUCGGCAUGGCCUGUGUUCCUCGGUCUUGGAACAUUUCCGAUGACGUCGGUCAGAUUGAAUACAUCUUCUCUGACAAAACAGGAACUCUGACGCAGAAUGUCAUGGAGUUCAAGAAAUGUACCAUCAAUGGUGUUAUGUAUGGUGAAGCUUACACGGAAGCUCAGCUGGGUAUGCAGCGUCGUGAAGGGAUUGAUGUCGAAGCAGAGGCUGCCAAAGCUCGCCAGGCUAUUGCGGAGGGCAAGGUGCGAUCACUAGAAAUUUUGAGAAAAAUCCACGACAAUCCCUACCUGAUUGACGAUAAUUUGACGUUUGUCUCUCCCGACUUUGCGGUGGACUUAUCUGGCGAAUCUGGCAACAUGACCCAGAAGAAAGCGAUCGAGAGUUUUAUGAUUGCUCUAGCUCUCUGUCACACAGUCAUCACUGAACAUACACCCGGAGACCCCCCGCAGAUCGAGUUUAGGGCACAGUCACCCGAUGAGACAGCAUUGGUCGCCACUGCGCGCGAUUGCGGCUUCACGGUACUAGGCAGGAAUGGUGAUGAUUUGAUUGUAAAUGUCCUAGGCGAGGAGCGUGCUUAUACUGUUCUCAAUCUUCUGGAGUUCAAUUCAACCAGGAAGCGAAUGAGCGCUAUCAUUCGUAUGCCUGAUGGUACCAUUCGGCUGUUCUGCAAAGGAGCCGACAGUGUUAUCUACAAGCGACUUGCACGUGGCAAACAACAAGCGCUCCGAAAGACUACAGCCGACCAUCUUGAGGAGUUUGCUCGCGAAGGUCUACGAACUCUUUGUAUUGCUGAGCGCAUCCUUAGUGAAGAAGAGUACCGAGUCUGGAACGAAUCGCAUGAUUUGGCCGCCGCUGCUCUCGUUGACCGUGACGAUAAGCUGGAAGAAGUUGCCAAUAUAAUUGAACAGGACUUGAUGCUUCUGGGAGGAACUGCUAUUGAAGACAGAUUGCAAGACGGCGUACCGGAUACCAUAUCGUUGCUAGCAAAUGCUGGGAUCAAGUUGUGGGUGUUGACCGGAGACAAAGUCGAGACAGCUAUCAACAUUGGAUUUUCGUGCAACCUCUUGAACAACGAUAUGGACUUGGUUGUAUUCAACGUUCCUGCAGACAAACCGGAAGCCGCAGCCUCGGAAUUACAGAGAUACUUGGACCAAUUUGGCAUUCAGGGUACAGACGAAGAAUUGCUCGUGGCUCGUAAAGAUCAUACUCCACCUUCUGGAACCCACGCGUUGGUCAUCGACGGAGAAACGCUGAAACUCAUGCUCGAGGAAGACUUGAAGCAGAAGUUCUUGCUCCUCUGCAAACGCUGCAAAUCUGUUCUCUGUUGCCGUGUGUCUCCUGCACAGAAAGCCGCAGUUGUACAGAUGGUUAAAAGCGGGUUGGAUAUCAUUGCCUUAUCUGUCGGUGACGGCGCCAACGAUGUAGCUAUGAUUCAAGAAGCCGAUGUCGGUGUCGGUAUCGCUGGUGAGGAAGGCAGACAGGCCGUCAUGUCAUCUGACUACGCUAUCGGUCAGUUCCGCUUCUUGCAGCGUCUCCUUCUUGUUCAUGGACGAUGGUCUUAUCGACGCCUUGGUGAAUCCACUGCCAAUUUCUUCUAUAAAACACUUGUUUGGACCUUCGCGCUUUUCUGGUAUUCGAUCUAUAACAGUUUCGAUGGAUCCUAUCUUUUCGAUUAUACAUACAUUAUUUUGAUCAACUUGGCUUUCACCUCGCUUCCUGUUAUCUUCAUGGGCAUUUUCGACCAGGACGUGAAUGACAGAAUCUCACUAGCUGUUCCACAACUUUACAUGCGCGGCAUUGAGCGCAGGGAAUGGGGUCAGGUUAAAUUCUGGCUCUACAUGUUCGAUGGUUUCUACCAGUCCCUAAUGUGUUUCUUCAUGCCAUACAUGCUUUACGCUCCCGCUAACUUCCAGCGUGGAGACGGGCUGGUUCUCGAUGACCGCCAACAAUUUGGUAUCCUUGUUGCUUCUGCCGCGGUUAUUGCUAGUAACACAUACGUCCUGAUGAACACAUACCGUUGGGAUUGGUUGACAGUUUUGAUCAACGUGAUUAGCAGUCUUCUCCUUUAUUUCUGGACCGGUAUCUACACUUCCUCAACGGCCUCGGCUCAGUUUUACAAUCACGGCGCCGAAGUAUACGGAUCGUUAUCUUAUUGGACAGUUCUUUUCGUCACCGUCGUGCUUUGUCUCCUCCCCCGGUUUGCCAUCAAAGCUUUCCAAAAGGUGUUCUUCCCCACCGACGUGGAUAUUAUACGUGAACAGGUGAUCCAGGGCAAGUUCCGCCGAAAUGAUACAAACGACAAGAGUGCGUAUGACUCGUCUCAUGUCAACGCAAGUGGAAGCCCCGCUGGCAGCGAUGUUUCAGCGGUAUCUUCAGUGGUUAAACCCAUCGAGCCUCAGGUGAGCCGUGAUCCCAGAGUUCUUGAGGACGAGCGGCCCAUUUACCCGCCUUCUAUCGCGCCGACAAACACCACUCACAAUCCACGUAGUCAAAACGGUAGCAACGGCACCACUUUUACGGCGGACAGCUUUGAUUUCGGCGGCGCAAAGCAACCUGUUGUCAGUUCGUGGGAGCGCGCACCCGAAGCAGGAUUAUCGAUCAACCACCGCCAGCAGAGGUCCUCAGUGACUAGCAAUGACUUCCCGAACGGCACUCCCUUGUUGCGAAUCGAAUCCUCCAACGGCAAACCACAAACGCCUCAUAGUCCGCUGAGGACGCCGCAUGAUUUGCAUGCUGUAUAGUUUAAUUCCUCAUGUCAGUAUUUCUCAUUCUACUAUAUGUCCUUGAUGUCACUUUCAUUCUUGAUUUCAACAAAAUUUUAUAUGUGUCUAUAUGAGCUUCAUUUUGAUUUGAAGCGGAAUAUUCUUUGUUUUUUAUCGUCUUCUUGUCUUCUUGUCUUCUUCCUGCUGUUUCGACAUUGCGGUUUCACAUAGAUGGCGUUGGUUGAAAAGGCUGGUGGCGUCCAGAGGUUUUAUUACCUUGUUUUCGCAUCCUCAUGCAUUAUUUCAUUUCUAUUCCUCCUUUUUGUUUUUCGUUUCUCUUGAACAAUUAUCUUUUUAAAUCAUGAUUAUAACCCCAUUUCAUUUUUGACUUCUCCUUUUCUCUUCUCGUUCGUGCCAUGAGCUAUUUUUAUUCAUCUCACCUCGUGUUGAUUCUUUUCUUCUUUUGCUCGGCUUGUCGUAUAGCAUGUCAGAUACCAAGUCAAAACAUGAUGAAUUAAUCAGUGAUCGAUUGCAUGGCAAUGCCAGGUCAUUGAGCAAGUAGGUAGUGUGCUCGCAAAUAAAGCGAAUUCUCUUUU